AUGCAUGACUUGCGUGUACCGUUGUUCACUUAUUUUUUGCUUUGAGUGAGAAGGUGGGAGAGAGAGAGAGAGAUCGAACCAUUAUUCUGUAUGUAGCUCUGUGUGAUUUUGGACGCUAGCCUUUUUCGCUUUCCAGCUCCCUCGUCUCCAGGAAGUUGUUAAACCACUUUGCUUGCCAAUGGACACUGUUUUUUGAACAAUGAGAGGUUUUAGGGUUCUAUGACUUCGCUUUUGCUGAUUCCUCCUCCGUCCUGGGAUUUGAGAAGUAAUGCUCAGUUAAGUUAUUGGGAAUUUUGCUGCACAAAGAGUUCAAGGACAAGCUUGAGUAGUCGGACUACGAGUAGAAGAUCGGCCAUGGACCACUUUAGCUGGGAGAUCUACGCACGGGUCUUCUUGGGGUUGAUGGUGGUUUUCUCAGCAUCCUUUUCUGAUGGAUACACUGAUCCGCGAGACGUUUUUGCAAUAAAUAGCUUAUAUACUGCGCUGGGCAAUCCUCCUCUUCCCGGAUGGAUUGCCAGUGGAGGAGACCCGUGCUUGGAGGCCUGGCAAGGUGUCCAAUGUGUCAAUUCUAAUAUAACCUCAAUAAUACUCAAUGGCGCAAAUUUGGGAGGGGAACUGGGUGAUAACUUAGGAUCGUUUUUUUCAUUGAUAACCAUAGAUCUCAGCAACAACCACAUUGGUGGCAGUAUUCCAUCGAAUUUGCCAAUUACCAUGCAAAACUUUUUUCUUUCAGAUAACCAGUUCACAGGAAGCAUUCCUAGUACUUUAUCCUCUCUGUCUCAGUUGACAGCCAUGUCGCUUAACAAUAAUCACUUAACUGGACAAAUACCAGAUGCCUUUCAGGGUCUUACUCUGUUGACAAACCUUGAUCUCUUCAAUAACAAUAUGAGUGGUCAACUGCCUCCCUCAAUGGAAAGCUUGUCAUCUUUAACUACCUUGCACUUGCAGAAUAAUCAACUAUCCGGGACUCUUGAUGUUUUACAAGAUCUGCCUUUGAGAGAUUUGAAUAUAGAGAAUAACCUGUUCUCUGGACCUAUACCUGAGAAGCUGCUGAAUAUUCCAAAUUUCAAAAAGGAUGGUAACCCUUUCAACACAACUGUUGCUCCAUUGCUUCCACCUUCAUCCCCACCACCUCCUUUUACUGGAGCACCAUCUUCAGAAGUAACACCUGUGAAUCAUACAAAUGGGGCUACUUCACCUGGAGGGCUGAAUUCUACAGGAACAAAAAAAACUUUGACCAGAAAAAGGAUUAUUGGGAUUUCAAUUGCAGGGGUUUUAAUAUUUAUUAUAUUUUUAUUAGUGGUUGCUCUUCUUGCAUCAAGAUGUUGCAAAGAAAGGCAAGAGAAUGAUAUAUUUGCCAACAGUCAUGAAGUAAUGGGUACAUAUAAAGAGCCCAGAGAGAAGCAUAAAGAGAGGCAUUCAGUGGACCAACUAGACAAUCAAAGAGAUAAGGUGCCAAAAGAAGCAGUUGUAAGGCCAAAGGAUGAACAUGAGAUUGAUGCUAGAAGAGUGACUGCGGUUCCUAGAAUGAAGGACAAUAAUGAGACAGAUAUUAAAAGAAUGGGUGAGGUUCCAAAGAAAAAGGAGGACCAUGAGAUAGAUAUGUCUGGUAUAGAUAUGAUUUUAAUGCCACCACCACCACCACCACCACCUCCUCCUCCUCCUCCUCCCCCUCCCCCUCCCCCUCUUAUUGAGAAGGUCAUUGUGAACCCUAUUGUGCCCCCCAGAAAAUUGAACCCACUAACUUCUGUAAGAUCUUUCACCAUUGCGUCACUUCAGCAAUAUACAAACAGCUUUUCUCAAGAAAAUUUCCUUGGAGGUGGCAUGUUAGGCAGUGUUUAUCGAGCAGAGCUUCCUGAUGGAAAGCUACUGGCAAUCAAGAAACUAGAUAAUCCAGCUUCUAAGAAUCAGAAGGAUGAGGAAUUUCUUGAGUUGGUUUUGAGUAUCUCUAAGCUUGAACAUGCUAAUGUUGUCAAGCUUGAGGGUUACUGUGCAGAGCAUGGACAACGACUUCUCAUUUAUGAUUACUGCAGUAAUGGGACACUCCAUGAUGCCCUACAUUCUGAUGAUGAACUGAAUAGAAAACUUUCAUGGAAUGCCCGCAUUCGAAUAGCACUUGGAGCUGCAAGGGCUCUAGAGUACCUGCAUGAGGUUUGCCAACCACCUGUUGUACAUAGGAAUUUCAAGUCUGGCAAUGUUCUUCUUGAUGAUGAACUUGCAGUACAUGUCUCUGAUUGUGGUUUGGCUUCUCUAAUAUCAUCCAGUGCUGUUAGUCAGUUAUCAGGACAGCUUCUAUCAGCUUAUGGAUAUGGUGCUCCAGAGUUUGAAUCUGGUAUUUAUACUUACCAAAGUGAUGUUUACAGCUUUGGAGUUGUAAUGUUAGAACUUCUUACAGGGAGAAAGUCUUAUGACAGGUCAUGGCCUCGAGGAGAGCAACAUUUGGCAAGAUGGGCCAUUAACCAACUCCAUGAUAUUGAUGCAUUGUCAAGGAUGGUUGAUCCUUCCCUCAAUGGAGCUUACCCUGCCAAAUCGUUGUCACGUUUUGCAGACAUUAUUUCUCUUUGUAUCCAGCCUGAGCCAGAAUUCAGGCCCCCGAUGUCUGAAAUUGUUCAGGAUCUCUUACACAUGGUACAGAGGGAACCCCCCAAUAAGAGGCCUAAUGGGGACUGAUUUGAGUUAUAAAA